AUGUGUGACUCCCCCGGGUCGGAACAACGAUCGAAGCGGAGGCGUAUCGAUAAACAUGGCCGAUUUGCUGCCUUGGAGCGACUCAAGAAGCAAAAAGAGGUCGGUACCAAGAAUAAGUACGAGGUCGACGAAAUCCACAACGUGUAUGAUGAGGUGGACGAAAGAGAGUAUGCUAAAAUCGUCAACCAGCGCAUGCAUGACGAUUGGGUGGAGGACGAUGAUGGCUUUGGCUACGUGGAAAAUGGGCGCGAAAUUUUCGAUGAAGAUGAGCUAGAUCCGUUAACAAGUGGUAGUCGAUCGAACAGCAAAAAAGGAAAGGAAACGAACAAGUCCAAAGCAAAAAAACGCGUCCGCGAUGAUGUGAAUACCCCUGGCGAACCGACUACCGGUCGGAAAUCAUUGAGAAACUACUUCAAUCGCGAGAAUACGUCCAAGGCGAAGGUGGACGAUGACGAUGCACUGGCGGAUAUUUUGGGCGAAAUCAAGUCUGAAACUGGGACAGCUUCCGAGGCAGAGAGUAACAGGGCACAUGCAAAAGAAAUUCGUCCGCUAUACCAGGCGAAAAAAGCCCCGCCCAAGGUGAAGGAACUCACCGCUGAAGAAGAAAUGAAACGAUACAUGGAGAAUUUGAGUAAAAAUCUAAAGAAAUCGGAGAAAAAGGAAGUGGUGGAAGAGAACAGCGAUGACGAAAUCUUGAAGAAUGUUAUAGCCGCAUCAGAGGGAAAACCAGUGACCAAGAAACCCCCAGCAAAGGUCGCAACGACGGCAACGGCUAAAGCGAUCGAUAGUCUCCCGCCGAAAGCUGUGGCACCAGUGGUAAAGCAGGAAGUUAUAACACAACCGACGGUUUCAUCAAUUCCCGAAACCAUAAAGAUGGAACCAAGCGAGGAAAUAAUCGAAAGUCACAUACUCGACGAUAUGGAAGAUGAUUUCAAUGAAACAACGACCACAAUCGUAGUGAAAGAUGAGUCAAAAAUGGAAACGCAAACGAAGGAUGUGCAGGAUAUUCCUCCGAACCUGCUUAAUGGGUGGGACAGUAUUUUCUCCGGUAUGGAAGAUGAAAUGGCAACUGAAAUGAUGGAAGCGGACAGUACCGAGUUCAACAGCGAGAUUCAACCCGGCACGGAACAGAUGAAGUUUUGGUUCUGGGAUGCAUGGAGCGAUCCGAACAAGUGCCAAGGUGAACUGUAUCUGUUCGGCCGGAUUCCGGUAGGGAAGAGCGACUUCAAGUCUAUCUGUGUCCACGUACAGAACGUUGACCGUUGCAUGUUUUUGCUUGCGCGCGAGAAAGACGCAGAGACCGGACAGCCGGUGAGCAUGCUAGACGUGUACAACGAGUUUUGCAACGACAUCAGCACCAAGCUGAACGUCACCAAAUACCGCACGAAGGUUGUGACCAAGAACUUUGCACACACGACCGCCACAAGCGGGAUGCAGGUGCCGAUUACGAGCGAAUAUCUGGAAGUGCGGUACAGUGCCAAGCUGCCGCCUCCAUCGCUGGACAAGCGCUAUCGUACCAUCGCACACAUCUUUGGCUCUAACACGAACGUGGUCGAGCAGUUCCUGCUCGAGCGGAAGGUCAAGGGACCGUGUUGGAUGGAGCUGCGGAAAGCGACAUCCCGCGAAACGAAGUCAAGUUGGUGUAAGGUGGAGGUCACCGUCCCGGACAUAGGAUGUGUCACGCCUUCGUCAGAUACAUCCACGGUAACGCCACCUCCGCUCGUGCUCUGCUCGAUCAACGUGCGCAGCACGCUACGCAACAACACGAACGAGAUCGCCAUGAUUACGAUGCUAGUAAACGAUCGAUUUUCGCUCAACCAGCCACCGCCGAAUCCUCCGUUCAUCCGACAGUACUGCGGUGUCACGCGGCCUACCAACACGAUCUGGCCACUUGGAUUCAACCCGACCGAUUGCAAAGCAAAAGUGACCAAGUGCGAGAGCGAGCGGACGUUGCUGAGCUGGUUCUUAUCGACGUUCCAGUUGAUCGACCCCGAUCUCAUCGUGACGUUCGAUGCGUACGACUUCCAGCUUGAUCUGAUCUGUCAACGGCUGGUGACGACCAAAAUGGCGCUCUGGAGUCGCAUCGGCAAGCUGAAGGUGCGGAGUACGACGAGCAAGCGCGUGGAUGAUUUCUUCCUAGGGCGAAUGAUAUGCGACGUGAAAACGUCCGCCGAAGAGUUGAUUCGAUCACGUAGCUACGAUCUGAAUACGCUCUGCACAGAGGUGCUGAAGAUCGGUGAGGGCGAACGGAAGGACGUGCUGUUGGACGAGAUCCCGGUCAUGUAUGAGCAAGCCGAAAGUCUGGUCCAGCUUGUCGGGUUGACGAUGCAGGACAAUUUCUACACGCUGCGGCUGAUGUGCGAGCUGAAUGCGCUUCCGCUAGCGUUACAGAUCACGCAGAUUGCGGGCAACCUAAUGAACCGAACGUUGCAUGGUGGACGCGCAGAACGCAACGAGUACCUGCUGCUGCAUGCGUUUCAAGAGAAGGACUACAUUCUGCCGGAGAAGGCCCCAUUCCAGCCGGCGGGUGCACGCAAGGACGGUAAAGGCGCAACUGGCGAGGAGGGCCGGAAGCCCAAAAAUAAGGCCGCGUAUGCUGGCGGGUUGGUGCUGGAACCCAUCAAAGGUUUUUACGACAAGUUUGUGCUGCUGAUGGACUUCAACUCACUGUACCCGAGCAUCAUCCAGGAAUACAACAUCUGUUUCACGACCGUCCUGCCGCCGGUUGUGGACGCGGACGCAGAAGACCCAGAUGCACUGCUGGAACCGACGAUCCUCACCACGAACGAGACCGGCAUUUUGCCACGCCAGAUUCGCAAACUCGUGGAAAGCCGCCGCGCCGUGAAGCAGCUGAUGAAGACGCCCGAGUUAUCACCAGAGCUGACGCUCCAGUAUAACCUACGACAGAUGGCGUUGAAGCUAACCGCCAAUUCGCUAUACGGGUGCCUCGGAUACACGCGGUCCCGGUUCUACGCGCAGCAUCUUGCCUCGCUGAUCACGCAAAGAGGCCGCGAGAUCCUCAUGAACACCAAGUCGAUCGUGGAGCGGAUGAACUACCAGGUCAUCUACGGUGACACGGACAGUAUCAUGAUCAGCACGAACAUCACCGACUUUGAGCAAGUAAACCGGAUCGGGGCCAGUAUCAAGCAGCACGUGAACAAAGCGUACCGUUGUCUGGAGCUGGACGUGGACGGCAUUUACAAGUACUUGCUGCUACUGAAGAAGAAGAAAUACGCCGCAGUGUCGAUCAUCAAGAAAUCCGACGGCAGUGGGUAUACGAGCACGCAGGAGCUCAAAGGGUUGGACAUAGUGCGGCGUGACUGGUCGCGCGUCGCGGUCCUCGCCGGUACCAUGAUCAUCGGGCAGAUCCUCUCGGACACACCGAUGGAUGAUCGGAUCGAGAACAUCCACCUGUGGCUGGAGAAGCUGAAGGACGACCUGCUGGCGGGUACGAUGUCGCAACAGCUUCUCGAAAUAACCAAGCAGCUUACGCGCCCGCUGAGCGAGUACGCGGACGCCGGCCAGUUGCCACACGUGCAGGUGGCCAAACGCAUGAACAAGCAGCGCAAUCGGAACUACAAGCGGGGCGACAUGGUCAACUACAUCAUCUGCCAGGAUGGGACGUCGGCGCCGGCCAUGAAGCGCGCGUACCACAUCGAUGAGCUCCGGGAUCCAGCCAAUGCCGACAAGUUGAAGGUGGAUGUCGAGUACUACCUGUCGCAACAAAUCCACCCCGUGGUGUUUCGCAUCUGUGAGCCGCUGGAGGGCACGGACGCCUGCCGGUUGGCUCUGUGCCUGGGGCUCGAUCCGACGAAGUACCGCUCGAUGAUGGCAGUCUCAGGUGGAGAUGGUAGUACGGGCCAUUACGAGGGAGCAAACCUCAUUAAGACGGCUUCGGAGCGUUACCGGUUGUGCCACCGGUUCGAGUUUACUUGCGUCGCCUGCAAAGCCAAGAACCCGGUUGCUGGAGGUUUUCGUCCGGGCACCGGUGGACGACACCGAUCGGUGUUUGAGCGCUGUGCGAACGAGGAAGCCAACUGUACGGUGCAACCCGCCCAGUAUCUGCCCUCAAUCGUGAACGAGCUGACGUUGGCUAUACGGGCAGACAUCCGGCGGUUCUACCAACGAUGGAUGGUAUGCGACAAUCCGGCGUGCAACGGCAACACCCGCCUAUACUGCCACGUUGCGUCCAAAAAUAACCCGUACUGUCUGCUGUGCCGCAAAGGGCUGCUGGUGCUGCAGUACUCGGAGACGGAUCUCUACCAGCAGCUCUGUUACUACAACUACAUGUUCGAUCUGGAGCAGUACAGCGCAAAAUUAACAAAAGCGCUUCCGGCAGAGAUUCGCAACAUGUACACCCGGUUAAAGCAAAACGUCGAGCGGUUCCAACAGCGGUCCAAGUACGGUAUGGUGAACCUAUGCAACUUCUACAUGGACUACGCCGUACCGGCACCGCAGCACGGGGACAACGUCGGCGCGCCAGUCAAGUACUUGUUCCCGGUGAAAGAUUUCACCACAGCACUUGCCAAGCGUACCGAGCCGACGAACGGCGCCGCCGAUCCUGUCGAAAUAGGAAAGGCCGACACAAUGGAUCGGAAAGUGUCCCUGCUGCAUGAACAAAUGAUACAAUGGAAGCUAUAUUUAAGUUAA